GGUUCCUGAGCUGAGCCUUGUCAGCGGCCAUCAGAGUCCUAAACUGUGCGAGUUUGUGUGUCAAACCAGCACCCCCGAGGCCAGGGAAGAUCCCACAAGGUGACAGCCCCAGACCUUCCGUGCUUGCGGACCACCCGCACCUCGGCCGCACAUAUGGCCUCUUCCCACUAUUGCCAGAGGAAAUUCUCUCUGCAAAAAUUUCCUCUCAGGCUUCUUCUCCAUCCUCAGAACUGACAAUGAAAUCAUACCGCAAGUUGCCUACCCGUGUGACUCAUGCCCCUGGUCCUUAUGGUGAGGAGGAAGAAGAAGAGGAAGAGGAGGGAAAUGAGCCUGGCUCCCCUGCUGCCAAGAAGACCCUGUUCCUCAGGUGGCGGUGGCUGGGGGUUGUUGUGAUAGUGGGAGCUGGCCUGUUGGGGGGCACCUUCUGGGCCAUUAGUGUGCGGAGACUUCCUGUGGAGCCUCCGGGGAAGUGUAUCUCUGUUCCUGAGUCCCAGAGAUUUGACUGCUACCCUGAACGGGACACAGUGGUGACCCCAGAACUCUGCCAGAAGAGAGGUUGUUGCUUCCUUCAGAGCAGCAGCCAGGGAAGGCCACCCUGGUGCUUCUACCCCCCUGAUUUCCCCAGCUAUACCUUGAAGACAUUGAACAGGACUGAGCUAGGCUUCCUGGGUGUGCUGACCAGGUCAGUGAAGACCUAUUACCCUCACGAUGUGCUAGAGUUGCAGCUGCAGGUGGAUUUGGAGACAGAUACCCGGCUACACAUCAAGCUGACUGAUCCCAACAACUCCAGAUACGAGGUACCUCUGGAAGUUCCACCAGCCAUGAAAAAAGCAGAGCAUCCCCUCUACAGCCUUGAUUUCUCCAGGGAUCCCUUUGGGAUUUUGGUGAAACGUCGGGGGUCAGGAGUUGUACUGUUGAACACAACUGUGGCUCCAUUAAUCUUUGCUGACCAGUUUCUCCAGAUUUCCACCCUUCUUCCAUCUGAGUUCCUCUAUGGGCUGGGGGAGCACCGCAGUGGGCUUCUUCACCACUUCGACUGGACCACCCUGAGUUUUUGGGCCCGGGAUGUUCCACCCACGGAGUCAUACAAUCUUUAUGGGGUACACCCUUUCUACCUGAAUAUGGAGGAGGCAGGAUCUGCUCACGGUGUUUUCCUCCUGAAUAGCAAUGCCAUGGAGGUGGUUCUGCAGCCUGCUCCCGCCCUGACAUGGAGGACCGUGGGGGGGAUUCUGGAUUUUUACAUCUUCUUGGGGCCAGAUCCAAGCUCUGUUGUCCAGCAAUACCAGCAGGUCAUCGGCUUCCCCGCCAUGCCACCUUUCUGGGGACUUGGUUUCCAUCUUUGCCGCUGGGGUUAUGGUAGCAGUAACCAGACAUGGCAGACGGUGAAAGACAUGAGGAACUAUCUCAUCCCACAGGAUGCUCAGUGGAAUGACAUUGACUACAUGGAAGGAUCUCGGGAUUUCACAGUUGACCCAAAGCGUUUUGGCACACUCCCCCAGCUAGUGAUGGACCUUCACAAGCAUGGGCAAUACUAUGUCCUAAUUCUGGACCCUGCCAUCAGCAGCACUCAGGCUACUGGUACUUAUGCACCUUAUGAUGAAGGUUUGCAAAAAGGCAUCUUCAUUAACAACACCCACGGACAGACAUUGAUUGGAGAGGUGUGGCCCGGUCUUACUGCAUUCCCUGACUUCUCCAACCCAGAGACACAUCAGUGGUGGCUAGAGAACCUGAAUAUAUUCCAUGCAAGAGUUCCCUUUGAUGGACUCUGGAUUGACAUGAAUGAACCGUCUAACUUCAAGGAUGGUUCAGUAGAUGGUUGUACCUCUGGAGAAUUGGAUAAUCCACCCUACAAACCUGCGGUGCUGGGAGGAUCUUUAUUUUCCAAGACAAUCUGUGCCUCUGCAAAGCAAAGUCUCUCCUCCCACUAUAACCUUCACAACCUCUAUGGGCUGAUGGAGGCUAAAGCCACUGCCAGUGCCUUGAUUGCUAUCCGUGGGAAGCGCCCGUUUGUCAUUUCCCGAUCCACCUUUCCCAGUCAGGGCCGCUACUCUGGGCACUGGCUGGGGGACAAUAGAAGUGAGUGGAAGGACAUGUACUGGUCAAUCCCAGGUCUGCUGAACUUCAAUCUCUUUGGGAUUCCCCUGGUUGGGGCCGAUAUCUGUGGGUUUUCUGGGACUACAACUGAGGAACUAUGUACUCGAUGGAUGCAGCUUGGAUCCUUUUAUCCUUUUGCCCGAAACCACAAUACCAAAGAUGUGAAGGCCCAGGAUCCAGCUGUAUUCAGCCCUCCGGCCCGAACAGCAAUGAAGGAAGCACUAAUGACCCGAUAUGCCCUGCUGCCCUACCUCUAUACCCUCUUUCACCAUGCCCACCGUGGGGGAGACACCGUGGCCAGGCCUCUCUUCUUUGAAUUUCCACAAGACACAAACACCUACGCCCUGGAUCAGCAGUUCUUAUGGGGACGAAAUCUCUUGGUGACCCCUGUACUGGAGCCAGGUGUAGAUACAGUGGUUGGCUACUUCCCCAGUGGGGUGUGGUAUGACUAUUAUACGGGCUCAUCUCUGCAAAGCCAAGGAGAAAAAGUGAAGUUGGCAGCUCCUCUUAACCCUAUAAUGUACACAUUCGUGAAGGUGCUGUUCUCCCCACCCAGAAACCAGAUAUCACCAGUUGGAUGAGCAGUGGAAACCCUUUGUCUUCUGGUGGCUGCUCUGUCUCAGGGAGGGCUUGGCCUGGGGGGACUUUUCUGGGACGAUGGGGAGAAGCCUGGAUACCUUUGAGAGAGGCAACUAUUCCUAUGUGGUGUUUAACGUUCUCACAGAAUGUUUUCACAUCCACGGUCCUACACUGUAAUUUGGAAGCUAUUUACCUUGCUGUGGAUGGGCUGACAGUCUACGGAGUGCAUAAACAGCCUCAGGUGGUCACCGUCAAUGGCCAAGAAAUCCCUUUCUCUCCUACCUGGAGAACCAGGUUCUCAGCAUGAGUGGCCUUAAUUUGAACCUCAGUCGGUCCUUCUCCAUCAAAUGGAUUUGAGAUCCCAGAAACUUGUGCCUAGGACUAGAAGACUGCCAGUCCUUGCUUACUAUGUCCCAAAGUGCAAAUGUAUGCGUGUAUGUGUGUGUUGGUAUGUGUGUGUAACAAAAGAGCCUAACGUGGAGAUGCAUGGCAUCUUCCAUGAAUCACAUCAUGCAGCUGCUAGAAGGUCUCCCUGUCUGUAGCAGCUCAGGAAUAAUCCUCCCUUUCCAAACCAGACAGCAGACGCUGCAACUGUCCUAACAACCGUUAAAGGCUUUAAAUUCCCCAAGACCCUUCCUCUCCUCAUGGCCCAGAACUGUGAUUAUGCCAGAUCACACACUUGGGAUGGGUUCCCUAUAGGACCCCAGCCAGGUUUUCCAUUUCAAAACUUGUCCGCACUUUAUCCACAGGCAUACGUCCCUCCCUGCAACCGGAUGAGGAGUGUAUGCUCUUCAUUUGAACUCAGAAAUGCUGUUCUUUCCUGCUGCUGAGAUUUGAUGGAAAGAUAGUAUUUCAUGGGAGAAAAAAUCUGAUCCUAGUGAUUCUGGACUAGAUUCUACAGACUACUCCCCAGCAGUGCCUGUAUAUAUCCCCUACAGAAUACACCUCUUCCUCUUGAUAGCCUUAGAGGCUGGUGGGUGGCCUUGUCAUUGUUCUUGGGGGGGGGUGGUGGUGGUAAUCAUUGUCAGACUGUGCAGCCUUGGAAAGGUUGUGGAGCACAGAGAGAGGCAUGCAGAUCUGGGGUCAGGAAUUCUCACAUGAUCUGAAACAUACUGUAAAUAUACUUGUGCAAUUCUUUGAUUAUUCAUUGUAAAAAAUUAAUAAAUAAAGCCCAUGAAGGGUAUUCAUGACUCAGGCA